AUGAGUGAGGCAGUAAGUGGACUGUUGGGGUUAGUGAGAGAGGAGUUGGCAGCAUUGAGGGGGGAGCUGGUAGUGGUCAGGGAGGAGGUGGCUCGACAGAAGGAGCGAGUGGCGAUGCUGGAUGAGAGGAACCGGGAUUUGGAAAAUGAGUUGAGGCGUGCACUGGGUGCUGUGGAAGAGAGGAGUGUGGCGACUGCUGCUGUGGUGGAGAAGGGGAGAGAGUUGAUAGCUGAGGCGAUGGAGAGCACACCGAAAGGGGGGAAUUGGCUAAGGGCUGGAGGGGGUGGAAAAGCAUUUUGGAGAGGGGAAAGCGGGGCUGGCGUGGGUGGAAAGCAUGCAGGAGAGGGGGAAGCGGGGCUGGAGUGGGUGGAAAGCAUGCAGGAGAGGGGGAAGCGGGGCUGGAGUGGGUGGAAAGCAUUUAGGAGAGGGGGAAGCGGGGCUGGCGUGGGUGGAAAGCAUGCAGGAGAGGGGGAAGCGGGGCUGCCGUGGGUGGAAAGCAUGCAGGAGAGGGGGAAGCGGGGCUGGAGUGGGUGGAAAGCAUGCAGGAGAGGGGGAAGCGAGGCUGGAGUGGGUGGAAAGCAUGCAGGAGAGGGGGAAGCGGGGCUGGAGUGGGUGGAAAGCAUGCAGGAGAGGGGGAAGCGGGGCUGGAGUGGGUGGAAAGCAUGCAGGAGAGGGGGAAGCGGGGCUGGAGUGGGUGGAAAGCAUUUUGGAGAGGGGGAAGCGGGGCUGGCGUGGGUGGAAAGCAUGCAGGAGAGGGGGAAGCGGGGCUGGCGUGGGUGGAAAGCAGCACGAGAGGGGGAAGCGGGGCUGCCGUGGGUGGAAAGCAUGCAGGAGAGGGGGAAGCGGGGCUGGCGUGGGAAGAAAGCAUGCAGGAGAGGGGGAAGCGGGGCUGGCGUGGGUGGAAAGCAGCAUGAGAGGGGGAAGCGGGGCUGGAGUGGGUGGAAAGCAUGCAGGAGAGGGGGAAGCGGGGCUGGAGUGGGUGGAAAGCACGCAGGAGAGGGGGAAGCGGGGCUGGCGUGGGUGGAAAGCAUGCAGAAGAGGGGGAAGCGGGGCUGGAGUGGGUGGAAAGCAUUUUGGAGAGGGGGAAGCGGGGCUGGCGUGGGUGGAAAGCAUGCAGGAGAGGGGAAAGCGGGGCUGCCGUGGGUGGAAAGCAUGCAGGAGAGGGGGAAGCAGGGCUGGCGUGGGUGGAAAGCAUGCAGGAGAGGGGGAAGCGGGGCUGGCGUGGGUGGAAAGCAUGCAGGAGAGGGGGAAGCGGGCCUGCCAUGA